AUGCAGAGCCGCAGGGCAGACAUCAGCCAGCAGAUGCAGGAGCUGCGCAACAUCAUCACCUUACAAGAGCAAGGGAAGAAGUUUUUCACACAGUCGUCUGAGGAAAAGCUCAGCCAGAACAGAGAUCGGCUCCCCCGGCUGCGUGGGAUGGUGCAGGAGGACGUCCAUGCCCUGGGCAUUGCCCAGAAGCAUGACCAGCUCAUCAUCUCCGAGGCUUGCAGAGCACAAAAGAACUUGAACAUUGUUUUGGCUGGCAAGACGGUGGAGGGUGCCCGGGAGAAGCUCCAGAGCAGCAUCUUUGAGCGGGUGAACACUUGCAACGCGCUGCUCUACGAGGUGAAGCGGCGUGGCCGGACCCAGGAUGAGCUGCAGCAGCGGCUGCAGCAGCUGCUGGAUGUCAAAAUCGAUGACAAGCAGCUCCAGGAGCAGCUGCAGGUUAUUCGCCAGCUGGAGAACAGCAUUGAGAAGAUGCUCAUGAAAGUCCACACCGGGCAGAAGGUGGCCCUGCUGUACCUGGCGGUGCGGGAUGUCCUCAAGAAGGAGCUGGUCUAUCUGCCUCUGCAUCUGGAUCUCCUGCACGGGAUGGCCGGAGUGUAUCAUGGCGAGCUGGAGGACAUGGAGCUCAUGGCUUUGGAUGCCCUCAAAGCCAAUGACAUAACCAAGGAGGAGCUGGCCAAGCUGGAAAACAAGUUCUUCACGGAGAGAGAGCUCAGGCACCGCUCCCUGGCUGCCCAAAAGGUGCAAAUCGACCGACUCUGGCUCAAGGACGCAAUUGAAAAGCACUUGAGAAUGCAAGCCAGGUACGACCUGGCCAUGGACUUCCCAUCCCUGCUGCCACAGGACCCACUGCUGGGCACCAAGCUGGAGGCCACCAAGUCCCAGAUCGAGCACGAGGCCCGGGUGACGUCUGAGGUGGAGAAGGCCAAGGCUGCGGUGCAGUGCUCCCGCCUCUGGGACAUCACGGGCAGGCUGCUGGCGCAGCAGAAGUCCACGGCGGAGCUGAAGCAGCACAUCAGGGCGUGUGAGGAGAAGAAGCAGGCACUGAAGGACACGCUGAGGGACUUGGAGCUGAAGCAGGCAGAGCUGAAGUUUCGCCAGUCCCCAAGUGCCAUCAGCUGCAGGAGGCUGGAGGCAGAGCUGAGGACGAGCCUGCAGCAAGAGGAGGCCCGGUUGGAGCAGGCACAAGCCCAGUCCCUGAGGAACCAGGAGCUCCUGCUCCUGUUUGAGAACGGCAUCGACAACCUCUUCAUCCGCCUGUACGGCAUCGACGUGCCCGAGCAGGAUGUCUCCGUCGAGCUGAAGGGGGUGGAUGAGAAGCUGCAGUACUGCGAGCAGAAGCUGCAGCACCUGGUGCAGAGGGUGGCCUCCCUGCCUGCCCACAGCUACAGCCCUGAUGAGGACAACGAGACUUUUGUGAAGGUCAGGAAUUUUCUGGAGAAAACAACCGCGAGAGAGCCACAGAACCUGAAGAUUUCUUUGGAGGACAUAGGCUCUGCAGUCCAAGAUCCCUUUGAUUUUGCUGACAAAGACCACGGCCUGGUUCUCACCCGGGAGGAUAUCAAGAAGCAGGGGCUGCACCUGAUUGAAAGCAAGAUGAAAAGUGGCAAGAGGAAGUAG